UCACCACUGCUUUGAUUUUGAAAAAGUAAACCCCGAACAAUUAUUAACACAUUCAAGAUGGCGUCCGAAAAAAAGUAUUGAAUCAGUCCAUCUCGUCUUCAUUUUUAAACAUUUUGAAUCCCAUUCCGUGCCAACAAUAGACAUGGCCGACACAAGCACCCGACGACGCGUGAAGCUUUACAUGCUGAACGAGGACCGCCAGUGGGAUGACAGAGGCACUGGACAUGUCUCUUCAGCCUAUGUUGAACAGCUCAAGGGAAUGUCGUUGCUUGUUAGGUCUGAAACUGAUGGAUCCUUGUUGCUGGAGUCAAAGAUUCUGUCGGACACAGCCUAUCAAAAACAGCAGGAGACUCUGAUUGUAUGGUCUGAAGGGGAAAAUUAUGACCUGGCCCUCAGCUUUCAGGAGAAGACUGGUUGUGAUGAAAUAUGGGAGAAGAUUUGUAAUGUGCAAGGCAAAGAUCCUUCAGUGGAGAUAACUCAGGACAUUAUUGAAGAGUCAGAAGAUGAACGCUUCGAUGAAAUGCCUGAGGUUGCUCACCCCAUAGACCUGCCAGCAUGUGACCUUGGUAAAUUGUCAGAGAUAUCUGAACUGUUCAGCAGUGUGCUUGGGUCUCCUGUGCGCAGAGAAAAACUAUCCACAGCCAUCGAGCAGAGUGGAUAUGUGAAAAAACUGUUGGACCUGUUUGAAAUGUGUGAAGAUUUGGACAAUGUUCAUGGUUUACAUUAUUUAUAUGACAUCUUCAAAAGUUUGUUCUUGUUAAAUAAGCAAGCACUCUUUGAUAUAUUAUUCCAAGAAGACACUAUAUUUGCCGUGGUAGGCGUGUUGGAAUAUGACCCAUCACAAGUGACGCCAGUAAAGCAUAGAGAAUUUCUACAAAAGACCGCCAAAUUUAAAGAAGUGAUACCGUUUUCUAAUCAGGAAUUAGUGCAUAAGAUCCACCAAACAUUUCGUGUGCAGUAUAUACAAGAUGUGAUACUUCCAGCACCAUCAGUGUUUGAUGAAAACAUGAUGUCUUCGCUUAAUUCAUUCAUAUACUUUAACAAAGUGGAAAUCGUCAGUAUGGUUCAGGAGGAUGAGAAGUUCCUACUACAGCUGUUUGCAAGCAUCACAAGUGAGAAGACAGCAGAGGACUCGCGCCGUGACCUCGUGCACUUCCUGAAGGAGUUCUGUACAUUCUCACAGAGUCUGCAGCCUCAGAGCAAGGAGUCGUUCUUCAAGACACUAUCGGGAUUUGGAGUGCUUCCUGCCAUAGAAUUUAUCCUGCAGCAGGAUGACAUCAAGAUGAAGAUGGCAGCCAUUGAUAUCUUCUCUUACAUUGUUGACUUCAGUCCGUCCAUGGUGCGAGAGUUCAUCCUCAAAGAAGGCCAGACUCAGGAUGAUGAUGAUCUUCUUAUCAACCUAGUCAUUGAACAAAUGAUCAACGACCCUGAUGCAGAGCUGGGUGGAGCAGUACAGCUGAUGAGUAUUAUCCGACUGUUGAUUGACCCAGAGAAUAUGAUAGCUGUGCAGAUGAAGACGGAGAAGACAGAGUUCCUGAGUUUUUUCUACAAGCAUAGUAUGCAUGUCCUAACUGCCCCACUGUUUGCUGUGACUGCCGAGGACAAACCCAGCAAAGAUGAUUUCCAGACUGCGCAACUCUUGAGUCUUAUUUUAGAAUUGUUGACAUUCUGUGUGGAGCAUCACACAUACAACAUCAAAAACUACAUCAUCAGUAAAGAUCUAUUACGCAGAGUCCUUGUGCUUCUCAGGUCACGCCAUGCAUUCUUGUUACUAUGUGCCUUACGGUUUAUGAGAAAAAUCAUCGGACUGAAGGAGGAGUUUUAUAACCGAUACAUCAUCAAAGGCAACUUGUUCAAGCCAGUUGUGGAGGCUUUCAAAGCAAAUGGCAAUAAAUAUAAUCUCCUAAACUCGGCAAUGAUAGAGUUAUUUGAAUACAUACGAUUGGAGGCUAUCAAGUCUUUGUGUAACCACAUCGUGGAGGCCCACAUACAUGAGUUAGAGCAUGUGGACUAUGUGAACACCUUCGACUCCCUCAAGACCACCUACGAACAAGAGAAGAUCAAGGACAAAUCUCUCGGCUUUGAGGGGUAUGUCAUUAACUCUGCUCUGUCAAUCCGCAACAAUCGUUUCCGCCGUGACCCGCGAGCCCUGGAGGAGGAUGAAGAGAUGUGGUUUGACCAGGAGGAUGAUGUGGAUGAUGGUGAGAACAUCGUGCCCAUGUCUGACAUCCACAGCAAGCUGGGCAACGAUCUAGAGCUUGGAAAGUUCCCAACAGAGCCCAGGCGUGCUGGUGCGCUCUUCGACACCAAAGAUAUAGACGAUUUAAAAGAGAGCACCACUCGAAUCAUAAACAAGACCAACUCGCCCAUCAAUAUCACUUUAAAGAACAGCCCACUGACAAGCCCGCUGAAUUCCCCGGAGCGCCCCAAUAGUCCUGGAAGCCCUGGUUCUCCUGGGCGACCUGUGACCUGCCCCACUCCAGCAUCCUCACCUAUCACUGCCCCCUUGAACAACGCAAAAAGGCCGGGCAUUGGCCUUGUAGACUACCCCGACGAGGAUUCUGACGACGAUGAUGGGGACUCAGCCGAGAACAUCGGACCUUCACCCAAACGGGCGCGUAUAGCCACUUAAUGAAUGUGCUAAUGUUAGGAGACAUAAAACUGAGGUGCAGCUGGGACAUGGUGAUAUCCGUGUGUAUGUCAUUACCCCACCCACCUGUGAGAUAGUGCUGGCCUAUUGUCUUAGUGUAAUAUUUAUAUUUCGCUGACCUUUGGAGUACACGAGGUUGCUGAUCAGAGAAAAUUGUGAAAUGGGUAUCUCAGCACGGCUCUAUUAUAGGCUUUCAUGGGGCAUUGACUGAGCUGUGUUUCCCAACUGAAUGCAGCUUCAUAGUCUGCAGGGCUGAUGCUGCAUGUAAAAGAUUCGUAACAAAAAAAUGGUGCAUAAGAAGUGACUGCUGUGGAUGUGCAGGGACCGUUAGAGGAGAUGCAUUUACAAGUGCGGAAUCUCGGUGCUCAGAACAUCACACCCCUGCCAGUGUCUGGACGGACGUCCAUCCAUCAUCAAUGCUUGUACCUGUGCCAUGGACACUUUCAGUUCUUUACCUGAACUACGGAACUGUGUAGAACUGAUAGUGUCACUGUGUAUUGUGUAUUGGCCAUUUAUUACUUACAUUUAUUGAUAGCUAAAAAACUGUGUGAUUUCUUUGUCCAGUUUUUAAAGAUUUUAACAAAUUAAUGUUUUUCACAUGUUCACUUCAUAUUAAUCUGAAUAUUUUAAGACUAAUUAUAUAUUUAUUUUUGUAUUAGUAUGCUAACAAAUAUUUGUUUUUCAUUGUUAUAAAAUGAAUAUCAAAUUAUAUCUAUAAUAUAACUUCCUGUUUACUGAAAAUUGUUAAAAGUCAUUUUUACAAAAUUAUAAUAUUUGUUUAAAGUAGCAAUAAGGGUUUUAUCAGCAUACCGAACUCUGUGAUAAAUUAGAACUUCAAAACCCUGAAAUUUGACAACUUUUUAGAGCUUUUAGAAGUGCUUAAAGCUGUAUGUUUAUAGAAACGUGUUAUUUAAAGAGUUUAGAACUGGUUCAAUGGGUGAUCUCAGAUAUGUUAUCAUUUGAACAUUUUGUACAUUGCUAUUGUAAAGUUUUGUCCGCUGUUUGUAAUAUUUGUUUCAAUAUUUUUUCCUCCAAAUACAUUCAUUUGUGCUAUCACUUGCAUUAAAUUCCAGCUAAAAACACACAUAUAUAAUUUAAAAAACAGAACACAACAUAAAAAAUGUCUGAUCAUAAUUCAAAUGGAUGAUUUCUUUAUUCAUAAGAAUUUCAACAUAAAAAAUCCGCUUAUUGAAUAUGGUGUCCAUGCCAAAUUAGGAAUAGUAGAUAUUUUAAAAGAAAUAUUAAUGCACUUCACAAUCUAUUGUAAAACAUCUACAUUUUAUCACCAUGAAUUUCUUUACUGUAUUCUUAGUUAAUUUUUACCAAAACACAUCAAUAUUUUGGUUGCUGAAAUUGAUGUUAUGAUUUUUGAAAAUCUAAAUAAGUUAAUUUUUCAGUUUGAUGACCAAUACCAUGUUACAUUUUACUGUUGGUCAGUUCUAUGAAUACUUUCAAGUGAGUUGUGUGAAAGAUUCAUACUGCUUUCCUGGGAUUCUGUGUGCAGGGGACAUUUUUUGACGUUCUACUUCAAAUGUACUGGAGUGUAUCGGUGAGUUAGAGUAUGUAAACUGGAUGGAAAGAUGCAAGAAACUAAACAUGUUGUCAAUCUUAACUAGAAGAAAAGCCUGUCAAGGUCCACUCAACCCUUGUAGAAUGAAUAACUGCAGAUUAAAAGUAAAAGCGCUUGAUAGGUUUGAAUAAAUCCUAGGGAAUGUCUAGCAGCAAGUUUUGCACAGGGACAUUUUUAACUGGGCUUUCUCUGACUAUAUCAUCAGGAAUUUGGGCUUUCUUGAUUGAACUGCAUAUUUCCAUCACUGAAAUAAAAAACUACAAUAAGACUAAGCGGCAGAGAGAUGAAAGGAUUCCAAGGAUAGGUUCACAGAUUGUUAUGACAACAUUCUUGUGAAGUUUUCCUAGCACCUCGGGGUGAGCAGCUUUUCAAGUUUAUAUAACCUCCAAACAAACAUGGGUAGUUCAACAUCUUGGGUGGUCUCCAGAUUUACCAAUAUAAGCCAGGGAGACAUCCAUUCUACUAUAGCUUAUUGGUUGGUGUUGGGGGUGGGAGCCAAACGUGGGCACCUGAAUAAAGGUAAAGUUUGAGUGAAAUUGAAUUGCAAUGUUUUGUAUUGGCCGCAUUGGUAUAACAUUACAUUCCUUAACACGCAGUCGUAAAGGCCUCGUGUUUAAAAUUGGUAAAUUGUGCAAAAAAAGUUAAAAAAACUCAUAAGAUUUCCUCAGUUGACAGUUCCCAACAGUUUCUAGUUAAUACGUUAACUGUGUAUGCUCGGCGUUUGAAAUGGCUGCAUUCGUUGGGUUGAUAUCAUUAAUGCCAUAUUAAGUUUUAAUCUGUGUAUAGGUUAGUUACAAUAAAUUUAAUGCCAAGAAAGCUACAAGUUAGCGAUGCUUUUGUAUGUCUGCAGAGUGUUAUGAAUUCCAGAAACAAGUGGAAGCAUAUAGGAACCUCAUUUGCAUUGUGCGGUAUUUAAUCUAGAGAGUGCAUUAGAAUAAAAUGUGUAUGGAUGACACCUUUAUGCUUGUUUUGUGAUUAGUUAACUCAAUUUCAUAAUCAUUUCAUUGUAUAUUUUAUCCUUUCUAAAGUUAUCAUUGUAGCAAAUUUUUUAUUUUAACGUGUAUAUUCUAUGAAUUUGUACAGGCUGCUUUGCCAUUAUUUUUUCAAAUGCAUUGAAAUUGUGAUGCAUUUUAAUUGAACUAUUUAUUUAAACUUUAUUAUAAGGUCUAAGUGUGUCCUUGUUUUAGAUCAAUAGUUUGUACAAUGACUAGUUCUAUAUUUAUACAAAAUUUGUCACACAAGUUUGGACAUUUUAGAAAGUAAGUAAAACAGAAGAAUAAGCAUAUCUAAUUAAAAAACACAACUGAGCCAGUAAAAGAGAAGAAUCUCCCUUCUUCAAAUAAAAGUGAAAUUUUUCCCCAUCUUCAAAGUUUAAUUGGAGUAAUUUUUUUACAAUUUUAUCAUUUACAUGAAAUGCAGUAACAUGGAAUGCUGUGUUUUUUGUGCUGUUGACUGGAUCAAAUGUUGGUCCAUCUGCCUAUUAACACCAAGUUUUGUUUCCUUCGCAAAAGAGCAUAAUGAUAUAAGCCACAUCUUGAAAACUGGCAUUUUACGUCAUUUGCAGCCUGGUUAGCCCAAUCCCAGCAUUUGCAUUCACACAGUCUGGUUAGGAGCUUCUUAUGACACCCCGGAGCUUUGUAUGACUUUAAUCCUUUACCACUUAGAUACGUAUGCUUACGCAUUUGUAGUCCCCCUGAAAGUUAAAUUUUAUUAAAGGCCUUUCUUACUAGAGCCAAUUUUUUAAUGUUUUAAGUUCCAACCCUUAGUUACUGAUGAGCAGCAAACAGAAUUAAACGUGAACAGACUGCUAGUUACGCGCAGGCUGUUUUGGCUUUUCACUUUGCUUCUGAGUGGGAAAGGGAUAAAGGACAGCGUAGCUCCUAACCAGACGUUAUGAUGGUGCUGGCUGGUCAUGAGCUGUGCUGGCUGCAUACGUCACAAGACCCAAUUUUACAUGAUGCGGGUCAUGUGUCUCAGUCCUAAAAUGUCAAGCAGCUUCAUUGUUAGCUAAGGCUGGGCCUUGUUCAGUAUCAUAAGAAUUGUAUUCAGUUUUUCGAAUAAUUCAUUAUAUAAUUGGACAAGUAAAGUGAUUGAAUUCAUACAAUUUACUAAAAUUGUGGACCAUUUUGGUUGUUCUACUGUUUUAUGAUCUAGUUAAUUGUGUUAAGUCUGUUAUUUUGAUCUAAGCAGCUGCUUGUAAACUUACAAAACUAUGUCUGAUGUUUUCUGAUGCUCUUUCAUUUCUUCCUGUAAGCUGUUACCAACACAAAUCUUCUAGAAACCUUGCUAGUAUUGUACAAAUCAAAUUUUAUAUUUUGUUUGUUUGUAGUUUAUAAUGUGUUGCAACUUGAUCUGUUUAUUUUUCACAAACAGACUUGUGACAUAGAAAUGUGUUAAAAUAUUAUGUCUUUAUCAUGUACAAAUAAAUCAUCAACAAAACUAAAUAAAAAAACUAUUGAAAUUA